UCUUAACAGUAGUACAUCAACCUCCAAAACAUCCAAAGCCAAGAACAUAAGCAGGCAAAAGAUGAGUGUCUGUCUCUUCAAUUCCCCGCCUACACUCUCUUUACCAACGCCAGCAAAGAGAACCCUAACUAGUAUCCUCGACACCAGCAACUAUUGGACCAGGAAAACCUUACUAGGUGGUGCCAUAACUGGAGCACUCUCAAUCAAUUUAUUACUUUCCUCUCCAUCUUUACUUGCUUUAGAAUCUCCAUCGCCAUCACUCCUACAAUCACAAUCAACAGAAUAUCUUUGCCGUGAAGAAGAAACCCAACAAGACUUUAAAGUAGAGAGCGAAGCUCCUCAAGUGGUGACUAAUGAAGGAAUUGUUGAAGAAGCUUGGGAGAUUGUCAAUGAUAGCUUUCUUGAUAGUGGGCGACGUCGAUGGACUCCUCAAUCUUGGCAGCAAAAGAGGGAAGAUAUUUUAAACGGAUCGAUUCAAUCGAGAGCAAAAGCCCAUGAUAUAAUUAGAAGGAUGUUGGCUAGUUUAGGUGAUCCUUACACGCGGUUUCUUUCACCUGCUGAGUUUUCGAAGAUGGGGAGGUAUGACAUCUCUGGUAUUGGAAUAAACCUUAGGGAAAUUCCUGAUGAAAAUGGAGAGGUCAAAUUGAAAGUUCUUGGAUUAUUGCUUGAUGGGCCUGCGUAUUCUGCUGGUGUAAGACAGGGUGAUGAAUUAUUAUCUGUUAAUGGAGAGGAUGUCAAAGGGAAAUCAGCAUUUGAAGUAUUAUCUUUGUUACAGGGCCCAAAUGAAACAUUUGUGACAAUCAAGGUGAAGCAUGGAAAUUGUGGACCUGUUCACUCUAUAGAGGUCCAGAGACAACUUGUUGCUCGAACUCCAGUCUUUUAUCGUCUAGAACAAAUUGAAAACAGCACCGCUUCUGCUGGGUACAUACGCUUGAGAGAAUUCAAUGCAUUGGCUAGAAAAGAUUUGGUAAUUGCAAUGAAGCGACUUCAAGACAGGGGUGCCUCAUAUUUCAUUCUGGAUCUGAGAGAUAAUCUUGGUGGAUUAGUACAGGCUGGAAUUGAAAUUUCGAAGCUCUUUCUGAAUGAAGGGGAGAAGGUUAUUUAUACAGUCGGAAGGGAUCCACAAUACCAAAACACUAUUGUAGCAGACAGCGCACCGUUGGUCAAAGCUCCUGUUAUUGUUUUGGUGAACAACAAAACUGCUAGUGCGAGUGAAAUUGUUGCCUCUGCACUUCAUGAUAACUGUAGAGCUGUGCUUGUGGGAGAAAGGACUUUUGGCAAGGGUUUGAUUCAAUCAGUUUUUGAACUUCAUGACGGGUCCGGAGUGGUUGUCACUGUUGGGAAGUAUGUCACACCAAAUCACAUGGACAUAAAUGGUAAUGGAAUAGAGCCAGACUAUCAAAACUUUCCAGGCUGGAGUGAUGUUAAAAAACACCUGUCAGAAUGCAACAUCAAUCGGCAAGGGUAAAAUUGAGGUCCGCAUCAAUAUUCUUUCCAGAAAAUUGUGCAUAUUGAUUCCAUAAUCAGCUGCCCAAUGAUUCUUGUACUUUGCUAGCUGACUAAGCACCUACCUUCGUGAGUCAAAAAAACGUAAGUUGACUAAAGGCAUUGCUUCUGCAUUCUUCCCUUGCAUCAUACAGAGGGAUUUUUAUUAAGAGCUACAUCAGUGCUGUCUUUCAAAAUGACAGGAACUACCACCAUGAAACGAUAUUUAUUUAAUUUUUUUUUUAAAAAAAACCUGGGAUUGGGGUGGAAUUGGGUAGGUAAGAGUUUGGUUGUAGCCUGAGUUUUUCCUUCUAAGAUGUAUAGACAAUUUGUUGUAACCCUUGUGGAACCAAGGAUGUCUCUUCCUUCUCUUGGAGUACAGUGAUGCGGAAUUGUUUUCCUUUUAACUUAUAACAUGGAAGAAUUUCAAAUUCCUCUA